UAUACUAGCUAGGCCCCUUCAAAACCUUCAAUAAGCCUUCUUAAUUUUCUUCCUUCUAUUACCAUUAACAAUGAACAUGGAACCAAACCCAACACAAGAUGCUCUUGACUGGCAGCUAGAAGGUUCUGCCUCUUUCUUUCCACCAUUCUUGGAUUAUCCAUAUCCCAUUCAAGAUUAUCAGUUCUGGGAUCAAAACCAAGACAUAAUCUGCUACCAUAACCAAAUUGAUGCCGGUACCGGAUCCCCGAAUGCCGCAAACGGCGCUGCCGCCGUGGUGGCCACCACUGCCACCAGUACAACCUGCACAACACCCUCGGAUCCUGAACCUUACAGUUACAACAACCUACCAGUUUCAGACUUGCCGACGAAGAAACGAAACUCCAGCGACAAUGAUUGCUCGGUCCAAAAGCCUUCACAGAGCCACAGAGCCAAGAAAUUCAAGGCUCGUUCAACUAAUGAAGUUGACAAUGGCGAUUCAGUUGCCGAAGGGACUAGUGUUAGAAAAUCUGGUGGGAACAGAAAAGGUGGAGGCAAGAACAAUGGCAAUAACUGCAACAAUGGAAACAAGGAAGGUAGGUGGGCGGAACAGUUGCUCAUCCCUUGUGCUUUAGCUAUAAAUGCUAAAAAUUUGAAUCGUGUACAGCACCUCUUGUAUGUGCUCCAUGAGCUAGCCUCGCCUACAGGCGAUGCGAAUCACCGACUCGCGGCACACGGACUCAGCGCACUCACACACCAUCUAUCCUCAUCGUAUUCGUCUUCAUCUACUUCUACCAUAACAAACGACUCAGGGACUAAGACUUUUGCAUCAGUGGACUCCAGAUUCUUCCAUAAGACACUCCUCAAGUUCUAUGAGGUUAGCCCCUGGUUUUCUUUUCCUAACAACAUUGCAAACGCUUCCAUCCUUCAAUUCCUUUCCGAAGAAGAAUCAAGUAGUUCGCGUACUCUUCACAUCCUUGACAUUGGAGUCUCCCAUGGUGUCCAAUGGCCUACUUUUCUUGAGGCGUUAACCCGAAGACCCGGCGGACCUCCUCCUCUCGUUCGCCUAACCGUUGUAACCGCUUCCUCCAAUGAAAAUGAACAGAACAUGGAAACUCCUUUCUCUGUAGGUCCACCCGGUGAUAACUUCUCUUCUUACCUCCUUGGUUAUGCUCAAACCAUUAAGCUCAAUUUGCAGAUAAACAGGAUUGAUAAUCUUGAAUUACAGACACUGAAUUCGAAGAGUAUCGACACAUCUUCGGAUGAAACGUUCAUUGUCUGUGCGCAGUUUAGGCUCCACCACUUGAAUCACAGAAAUCCUGACGAGAGGAGCGAGUUUCUGAAGGCUUUGAGAAGCAUGGAGCCUAAAGGAGUGAUACUAAGUGAUAACAACGUUGAAUGCAGCUGCAAUGGCUGUGGAAACUUCGCGGCCGGAUUCUCCCGGAGAGUGGAGUACUUGUGGAAUUUCUUGGAUUCCACGAGUGUUGCGUUCAAGGGCCGGGAGAGUGACGAAAGGAGAGUGAUGGAAGGCGAGGCCGCGAAGGCGCUGACCAACCAGAGGGAGAUGAAUGAAGGGAAAGAGAAAUGGUGUGAGAGAAUGAAGGAGGCAGGGUUUGUAGGAGGGAUGCUUGGAGAGGAUACAAUUGAUGGAGCUAGAGCUUUGUUAAGGAAAUAUGAUAGUAAUUGGGAGAUGAAAGUUGAGGAGGAUAACAAGUGUGUUGGACUAUUCUGGAAGGGACAGGCUGUUUCUUUCUGUUCUGUGUGGAAGUUGGAUGGGGGAGAAAAACAAGGUAGAUCAAGUUCUACAUUGAAUUCGCGUCUAUAGGGUGUGUUUGAUAAAUCAUAAAGGACUCUAUAUUGUUAUCUUUAUAUUUCUGUCUUAGACAUAGUUAUUUAUAUUUAUUCGAAUUGGUGCCUAAGCUAUUGGUUAUGUUGAAAACUUCGUUAAUACAAGUUCAUAUCUAAGCUAGAUUUUGCAAGGGAAUGGUGAGACGCAGUUUGUCUUUGUCAGUUUAAGAGGUUUUCAGAACCAAAAUGGUAGCACAGGUCACAGGACUUCGGAGUCUUUAACCUUUUUUUUUUUUAAUUUCUAUUUUACCUAUUUCUCACCAUUGUAUAAAAUUCUUGAUUAUAAAAUUGUAUGAUUAUAACAAG